AUCAUCAUGGCCCAUUUGCAAGUUAGUGCCUUGCAUACUGUUGAGGCGCCCUGCAGCAUGUUUUUCUUGUUUUUUUGGUUGCAUGCAGGAGUGAUCGAAUGCUUUUACCCUGGGACGGACGUGAACCCCCAGCAGUCUCACUUGCAGCCCAUUGACGAGGCGCACAUUCUGGGUUCACUUUAGUGUCGUUUUGCUCAUGCAGUCUGUCUGUACGCGCACUGCUCGGUACAGGUCGAUCUUUUUGUCUCUCUCUCUCUCUUUAUUCGUCAGCACCUUUUUACCAAAAGUAGUCACUCUUCCACACAGCACCCUGCGAUUCCCUCCCCUCAUGCAAGCAAGCUGUUGAGUGACAAGUCUUGGUUGUCUAGCCUUGGGCUCCAGAAGAAAUCGAAAGGGGAACCCUUUGGUCAGUCAGGGAUCCUUGGGUCAGGUCAGGCAGAGAUACAACAUCACCUGCCUGCCCUACUUGAACCUCUUCUGCUGCCCAACCUCAAAACCCUCUGCACAAAAUCAAUCAAUCGAUCGUCCACUGUUAAUAAGCCCGUCGAUCGCAUUUCGACACAUCAGGCUUGUGUAAAUCCCGACGGACCUGGUCUAGUGUCGCUCACUUGCAAACCCGGUCUCGUCGCCUCGUCCGGACUAGACUGCCUAUACAUCAGUUCCUGGACUAAGCUCGCUCGUCCGUCUCAUCCGGCCAGUCAGCAGAACCGUAGAUUCGGUAUACUGCUGCUUCUCAAACCUGGUCCAAGUUCACCUCGGCUCACGGGGAAAAUAUCCGCGGUAGCCGCUUGAUCCAAAAUUACGCUUUAGGCGCCAACACUCCUGGUCACCUUCUCUGUGGAACGUCUAUCCACAGUUGCAAAGAUGCCUAAACCGUCCAAGCUCCACGGCGUGCCCGUGAAGAAGUACACGUACCUGGAGCCACCUACUCCGGGAUCCGUCACGGUUCGGAAGCGCGUAACGCGUAUCAUCCCACCUCCGCUGCCGCCGCCGUGCCCAGAACCCUGCCCACCGCCACCCCCGGAGAUUUGCGAGCCUCCUCCUCCUCCGCCCCCGCCCGUCGUCGAGGUACCACCGCCUUGCAUCGAGGUGCCACCACCACCUCCCCCUCCCCCUCCUCCACCACCAUGCCCCCCGGAGCCCGAGCUCAUCGACGUCAUCUCGGUCGACGUCGAUCCGCCAGAGCCCAAACCCCCCAAGAGCGUCAAGAGCUCCAAGUCCUCCCGCUCCAGCAGCAGUCGCCGAAACGAAAAAGAGGUCUACAUUGAGCGGGAUAGGUUUAUUCCUUAUCCUGUUCCCGUAGCGCCCCAGUAUGAGACGUUCCGUUAUAUCGAUGCGCCACCGCCACGGCCGCGGUACGUCUCACCGCCGAGACGUCGGUCGGAUGAGGAGGACCGCGUCAGGGUCAUGAUUCGUGAUAGGGAGCGGAGGAGGGAGUACUACGACUAUUAAACACGUUAAUUCUUCGACAAAGGUUUAGCGAGGCUUGCUCUUCUUGCUUCGAAUUUGUCUUGGAUACGGUUUCCUUUGAUUGUCAGCAUAUUGUUGUAUGAACCAAAGCGCAUACGAAGUCUACGAUAGUCUUGUGUUUUCUUUUCUUUUCUCUAUUUUGUCACAUCAUUAAUACAAACAUCUUUUUUUGAAGCG